UUCGGCGGCUUGCAAGUGUGCUCCUUUGUGGCGGUCGCUGUCCUUUUGUGGACCCCUCUGGUCGGUUUGUCCUCAGCCGUGGGUCCUGUCUGCCAUACACGCUCUAUGUCCACUGGUCCGGGAGGCUUAGCCCGAGACCUGCCCUGGCCUCGGGCUCGGUCCCCAGGAGAAGUGUGACGGGCCGUGUAAGGCGCGGGUGAUGGGGCGAGAGCGCAGCCUGGGGUGUGGCGCGCGGGCUGAGCGAGACUGACCCUCACCCCAGUGGGCGUGUGAUCGCUGUGCCGCGAUUGCGUGUGCAAUCCCCCCCGGAGCUCCCCGGCAGACCGCUGACCCUGAGCCCCGGGAGCAGGACCCGCUCCUCUGGGGCUAGCCUGGGGCCCAGGAGGCUGCAGAGCUGCCCAGUCUCCGGGGGACGCUGCCGAGGGCCGCCAUGGAGACCCCUGCCCCGAAAUCCGAGGAGACAGCUUCACCAUCUCUGGACACCACUCUUCCCCUCAAAGAGAAUCCAGAGGAUAAAUUGGGUCAGGGCCUCCUGGAAGCCAGGUCUGAGGAAUCAGUGACUUUCAAGGAUGUGGCUGUGGACUUCACUCAGGAGGAGUGGGGCCAGCUGGACUCCCCUCAGAGGGCCCUGUACCGGGAUGUGAUGCUGGAAAACUACCAGAACCUUCUCGCCCUGGCAGGGCCUCCUGUUUGCAAGCCAGAUGUGAUCUCCCAUCUGGAACGAGGCGAGGAGCCAUGGAGAGUGCCCAGUGAAGUCUCUGGAGGGGCUCAUCCAGAAUGGGAGCUUAGGCCUGAGCUGAAGGAGAAGCUGUCUCAGCAGCAGGACCUUUACAAAAAAGAGCCAUUGCAGGAGCCAAUGGUAGAAUGGCUGGUGAGACCCAGACUUCACAGCUCCAGUCCAGGAACUGGAUGGUCCUGGGAGGGCCCUGCAGGGGGAGCUCUGUCCAGAGGCAAGGCUGUAUUCUGGAGGCAAGCACUGGACAGCUGUGGGAAUGUUUCCAUGGAGAAGUGCUGGCAGGGAUAUGAGGUUUCUGAGGCUUCUCCCCUCAGGUGCAGCAUCUUCACCCAGCAGAGGCUUCCUUCAGAUGGAGACCCUCCUGACAGCCACAUGGAGAAUUUGCAACAGAGUGAGGCAGUUACCGAGCACCAGAGAGCAUGCACAGAAAAAAAUACGUGCAAGUCGAGUAAAUACAGAAAAUACCCACUUGUUAGCAGGCAGCAGGCUGCCAGUGCCAGAGAGGAUCUCUUUGUGUGCAGCGAGUGUGGGAAAGCCUUCCCUCAGAGCUCAUCCCUCACUCUGCACCGGCGCUGGCACGCACGCGAGAAAGCCUACAAAUGUAAGGAAUGUGGCAAGGCCUUCACAUGGAGCACCAACCUCAUCGAGCACCAGAGAAUCCACACCGGGGAGAAGCCCUUCUUCUGUGGCGAGUGUGGGAAAGCCUUCAGCUGCCACUCGUCACUUAACGUACAUCACAGAAUUCACACUGGUGAAAGACCCUACAAAUGUAACACCUGUGAGAAGGCCUUCAGCUGCAGCUCACUACUCAAUAUGCACCUCCGGGUCCACACUGGGGAGAAGCCCUACAAGUGCAAUGAGUGUGGGAAAGCCUUUAACCAGAGGACUCACCUGACCCGGCACCACAGAAUCCACACUGGGGAGAAGCCAUACAAAUGCAAUGAGUGUGGGAAGGCCUUCACUUGUCACUCAUCCCUGACCGUGCAUGAGAAAAUCCACAAUGGGGACAAGCCAUUUAAAUGCACUGAAUGUGAGAAGGCCUUCAACAACCGUUCCCGCCUGACUCUCCAUCAGAGAAUACACACAGGGGAGAAGCCUUUCAAGUGCAGCGCCUGUGGGAAGGGCUUCAGCUGCCACUCCUACCUCAUUGUGCACCAGCGGAUCCACAGUGGGGAGAAGCCCUUCAAGUGCAACGAGUGUGGAAAGGCCUUUAGCUCCCACUCCUACCUCAUCGUGCACCAGCGGAUCCACACAGGGGAGAAGCCCUUUGACUGCAGCAAGUGUUGGAAAGCCUUUAGCUGCCACUCAUCCCUCAUUGUGCAUCAGCGGAUUCACACAGGGGAGAAACCUUAUAAAUGUAAUGAGUGUGGCAAGGCAUUCAGCCAAAACCACUGUCUCAUCAAACAUCAGAAAGUCCAUUCUGGGGAGAAGUCACUGAAAUGUAAAGAGUGUGGUGAGGUGUUCAGCUGGAGCUCCCACCUCCUAGAACACCAGAGAACACACAGUGAAGAGAAGCCCUUUGCCAUUCAGUUCAACAAGCACUUACUGAGCACAUACUACAUGCCCAGUACCCUGCUGGGUGCGGGGGCCACAGGGGUGAGUAGUAUGGACUCAAUAAAUGCACUGGAUGUGGCAAAACUCCUGUGUGUGGUUCAGCCCUCAGCCAGCAGAAAUUUCGUGCUGGGCACCAAGCCAAGGAAUUAAUGUAGCUUUUCCUGGCAGUGGCCCCUUCACCCCAGCCCAGGCUGAGCUGUGGAAGCAGGGUGGCUCGUGUAUGUAUUCCAUUGGCACUUCCAGAUGGCAAGCCUGCCCUUCCACCCCAGGACCUAUUAGGUGUCACCUCCCUGGAAAUGGACCCACCUCAGAAGAGGAGAGAUGAGGGCCAUUUGAGGAUGCAUUUUCCUUGGUGAAUUUGGAAGUCACUGACAAAGGAAAUACAUCUUUCCUGCAGAUAAAAAGAAGACAUGUCAGUCAUUGCCCUCUGACAGGAUCCUGGCAGAUUUCCAUCAGGAAUAUCUUCUGUGAACUGUUACAUUUAGAGUAAUAAUAAGAAUCAAAAUAGAGCUGAAGAAUUGCGAGCAGUAGUACUUCCAAGUGAACAUUAUUAUAGUCUAGGAGGGGAUGGUGCAGGCUUGGGAAGAGGCACAUUUCCUGGACUUACCCUACAGAGUUAGUGGCAGUGCUCUGGCACAGCAUCACAGCAAGCACCAGAGUAGCUGGGAGCUGAUAUGGCAACGUCACAGCUGGCCAACUAGUCCAUAGGGGUAGACUAGGAGCACACAGGCAGGUGCCUGGUGCAUCCAGGGAAGAUGAGUACAAUAUCAGAAUGGAUGUUUCAAGAAGUGUGCCUUCACCCCAGGCCCCUGCAGGGCCUUUUCUCAGCACUUAGCCGAGCUCCCCAGCUCAGCUCCACUGGAAGAGGAGACGGGGGACAGUUCAUCUGGGACUAGUGUUAUUUCUACUCCAUUCUAAGCAAGUAUAAGCUGCCUUCCAGUGAUAAUACUUUACAUUUGUAUAGAGGUCUAUAGUUUAUUAAAUGCUCUUGCUUUACUUUUUAAAGUAUGGAGGCAAAAUAGCAACAUUUCAGAAAAUGGGGGAUUGUGUGGGGAAAUGCCCCUAACUCUCAGUAAAACUGCAUUUCACGCUUUGAUACAUUACCGUCUGCUUUUUCAUACUGCAUUUUUACGUAACUCUGAACAUAGUGUGUAUAUAUGUGUAUAUGUAUAUACAUGCAUAUAUAUCUUACAUAUGUAUACCUCUCUAUCAUUUUUCCACUUAACUGCAUGGCAGAAUUUUCUCCAAGUACAUGUACCAUCUUUGGAGUCACAGUUCUAACUGGAGGCAUAGUAUUCUGUCCUGUUAGACCUUUGAUUGGCUGUUGAAGUUAUCUCCAUGUUUUUCACUAUUAUACAUCAUUCCUCAUGAGCAUCUUUUUGUAUUAUGCUUUUUCAGUCUUUUAGAAAAUUACCUAGGGGUGAAAAAUUUUAGAUAAAGGAAAUAGCUUGAGGGCCUCCCUGGAGGUGCAGGCAGUUGAGCGCUGCAAUGUGGAGCUGUCCGCAGCCUCUGCAGCACGGGUUCAAUCCUGGCCGGACAGCGAGAAUCCCACAUGGUGAGCAGACCUCUCCUGUCUCGCCCGCUGCUCCCCUCAGCAGUGUAUUUCAGUCAGUUUGCCUGUUCUGUUCCCCGAUCUGUCUCUGGUGGAUCCUCUCGCCCUCCCGCGCAUCUGGCCUGUACCCUGGCUCUUGUAUAAAAAUAAAUCUUUUAAAAAAAAAAAGGAAAUAGCUUGAGGGAUCAUUUUAGUAUGUUUUUUGUGGUAUGGUCACAAAGUAAUACUGAUCUCUAUGAAGUAAUCAAUCAGCAGCCCCAGACCCCUGCACAGCCCUCUCUGGAUCUAGGCACAGCUGGGAGCGGGGUGUGCAGGUGGUCUUUGUCCAGGAUGUGGUGACCACACAGCAGUGACCCUGGGCAUCUGCCUCUGUUGCAUUCCUGCUCGUGCGAGGCAGCCUGGCCUUAUGUAGCCCCGGGUCCUUUCUCCAUGACAAACAAAAAAUUCUGCUUUAUGACUGUUAGUAAAAGUCAAAUAUAAUCUAGGCUGAUUUAUUAUUGUCAAACUGAUUUAUUUAAAAAAAAAAUUAAAAUGGAAGUAUCUUUGUGGGCCCCAGACACCCUACAGUCGGCCCCACAGUGCUGUUCGUAAGCAGUUGACAGCAGCGCCUUACUGUUCUGCUUCACACCUUUGGUAACUAAUGAAGCAGGAUAAUGAACAUGUUUUUGUUUUGUUUUUGUUUUUUGCGUGGAAGAAUGGGGGUGUAGGUCAGAGGUGUGGGGGGUGAGAGGAUUCACCAGAGACAGAGUGGGGAGCAGAGCAGGCGGAUUGACUGAGAUACACUGCUGAGGGGGACAGUGGGCAAGCCGGGAGAGGUCUGAUGCACCACAUGUGGGUAGUUCCCUGGCCAGGCCAUGGUGGCGACAGCACUGAGACUUAACCCCUAGGCCAACAGAGAGGACCUGAAUAUGCUUUUAUUAUUGGUUUUGAAAGUUAUUUGUACCAGCUGCCUGUCUUUCCCCUAGAGUUUUGAUGUUUUUCUUUUAUUUACAUAUAAACUUUCUUUUAUGAUUAUGUGAGUAAUACAUGUAUAUUGAAGACUUUUUUUUUUAAAUCAUAAGAAUAAAAUGAAAGCGUCAGUUCACAGUCGUUACUUGGAGAUGCAGUUCCUUCUAGUUUUUGUGUACAGGUGUGUAUGUGUGUGUGUACUUUUUUUUUUUUUUUUUUUUUUUUUUAAAAAUCCCUUUUUUUUAUAGAGGCAUGCUUUAUUUAUUUAUUUGUUUGUUUUGUUUAUACAUGCACUGGGUACAGUCAGAAGCAUGGGAGGGUAAGAGAAUUCACCAGAGCCAGAGUGGGGAGCAGAGCAGGCAGAAGGGCCAUGUGGGACCCUCCUCCUGUGGCCGGGGAGCAGCCAGGGAUUGAACUGGCGCCGCAGAGGCCGCGGGCAGCUUCGCAACCCAGCGCUCAACCGCUGCGCCACCGGAGAGGCCCAUGUGUGUGUACUUUUAAAGCAAAACUGGAUUCAUAAUCUGCAUGUUAUUUUUUUUUUUAAGAUUUAUUUAUUUAUUUAUACAAGCACUGGGUACAGU